UUAAACGUUUAUAAGCUAUGGGCGAUCAAAGUCAUAGGGAAAAUGUCUUUCCAACAAGACAGUCAUUGGGUAUAAUGAAAACUAAGUUGAAAGGAGCAAUUACAGGACAUUCUUUGCUUAAAAGAAAAUCAGAAGCACUUUCAAAACGGUUUAGGACAGUUAUUGGGUUAAUUAAUGAUGUAAAGAGGGAAAUGGUACAAGCUAUGCAGUUGGCAGCGUUUUCGCUUGCAGAAAUGAAUUACGUGAUGGGAGAUGAUGUUAAAUAUCAGAUUUUUGAAAAUACACAAACUUCUUGUUGUCGUUUAAAAACGAAAUACGAAAAUAUUAGUGGUGUGUUCUUGCCUAUUUAUGAAUGUUCAAUGCGAAAUAUAAAUGACCAUCGAUUUAUUGGUCUUGGAAAAGGUGGACAAAAAGUUCAGAAAUGUCAGGAAAUGUAUACUAAAGCUAUUGAUGUUCUUGUUAGGCUUGCUUCAUUGCAGACAGCCUUUAUUAUCCUUGACGAUGUGAUUAAAAUAACGAAUCGUCGUGUUAAUGCUAUUGAAUAUGUUAUUAUUCCAAAAGUUGAGAAUACAAUCAAAUAUAUUAACUCGGAACUUGAAGAACUUGAACGAGAAGAUUUUACAAGACUUAAAAAAGUCCAAGUCAAAAAAAAGGUAGAUAUUGAAAAGGAAAAUAAAGAAAAAGAGCAAAUGAAAAAGGUCAUAAUGGUGAAUGUUCUUGAAAGUAAUGAGGAUACCGAUAUUAUUUUUUAAAUAUUUUCAUAAUUUUAUGAAUUUCUAUAAAAUCAUGGUGUAUUCAUUUAUACA